AUGCUCGAAAAUGGACGACAAUGGAGUCACUGUGGUCUUGGACAAUGGAGCCUAUACGGCCAAAUUGGGUUUGGCCUCACAGGAUGAUCCCCAGGUGUUGUUGAAUUGUAUAAUGAAAGCAAAGGCCGAGAGACGCCGGGCAUUUAUUGGCAAUCAAAUUGAUGAGUGUAGAGAUGCCUCAGGUUUAUUUUACAUUUUGUGUUUCCAAAAGGGUUAUCUCCUAAACUGGGACAUACAAAAAACGGUGUGGGAUUAUUUCUUUAGCAAUGAAGGUACGGGCAUUAAUUUGGAAGAUCGCAAUAUUUUGGUAACAGAGCCGCAAUUGAAUUUCGCCAGCAUCCAAGAGACAAUGGUGGAGAUAUUAUUUGAGGAAUAUCAUUGUAAUGGUAUCCAUAAAACAACAACGGCCGAGUUGGCGGCAUAUAAUUAUUGUGCCGAUAGUGGUGAGGAAACCUCUAUGCAGGCCUUAAAUUGUAUUGUUGUUGAUGUGGGCUAUAGUUUUACCCAUGUUGUGCCAUUUGUACGAGGUAAAAGGGUGCUGAAAGGAAUACGACGCAUUGAGGUGGGUGGUAAAGCCUUGACCAAUCACAUGAAAGAAAUUAUUUCCUAUCGCCACAUAAAUCUAAUGGAUGAAUCUUAUGUGGUGAAUCAAAUAAAGGAAGAUGUUUGCUUUGUAUCACAGAACUUUGCCGAUGAUAUGCGGGUACAUAGUGAUCCGAAGAAACGUGCCGAGAUUACUGUGGAAUAUAUGCUGCCAGAUUUUACCACUGUUAAAAGGGGUUAUAUCCGUAAGGGUAGUGGUGGUGGUGGCGGACAACCGACCGAGGAUGAAGAUUGUGAUCAACAAUCGAUGCGUUUGUGUAAUGAACGUUUUACUGUACCGGAGUUGUUGUUCAACCCCUCGGAUGUGGGUAUACAACAGGUUGGUAUACCCGAGGCUGUUAUAGAUGCCUUGAAGGAUUGCCCUGCCUAUGCCCAUCAUGAACUGCUGCGUAAUAUUUUGGUAAUUGGUGGUUCAUCGUUGUUUCCCGGCUUUGUGCCCAGGCUGAAAAGUGAAAUACGCGCUUUGGCUCCAGAUGAUUUGGAGGUAUCGUUGAUAUUUCCCGAUGAUCCUAUUAGUUAUGGUUGGUAUGGUGGCAAAGAAAUGGCCAGUAGUGAUGGAUUUAAGGAAACCCUUCUCACCCGUGAUGAAUAUGAAGAAAAUGGUUACACGGCCAGUAAUGGAAGAUAAUAAAAAAAUUAGAAAAAACAAAAA